CCAUGGAACUACAGAACCUUCUCCAGUGAAAUCGAAAGUCAUCUUUCCUGUACCAUAUACAUAGGAAUGUAACUGUAAACAUAUAUAACAAUAUAGAGGACGAAGAAAACUAAGUGAUACAAGAGAGAGGGAGGGAGAAUGGGAGCGAAUGCACCGUGGCUUCGCUGGAGAGGAAGUAGUCUCCUCGAGGCUGUCCGAUGUUUCCGUAGUUGCUGGGGUGAACUGGUGCAAACUCCCUGCGGGUAAUCUGGCGUUCCUGUGUAGUGAUGUGCCCCUUGACCACCUGCCAUGGAGGACUAUUUCUACUUGGAAGAGGCGGGAUACCCCAGUGUGGCAUAUAGGGGUUCAAAGACACAGUACGAGGACAUCUUGCCCAAUUCCAGGCAAGGAAAUGUCACCCAUGGCGACAGCACGGCUCGUGUAGACGGAGAUAAGUAUGAACUAACAUUGUUAGAUUCCCCGUGCGUCUACGAUGUGGCCCAAUACCCAAGUUACCACGGCGGAGGGCCGGGCGAUGCGGCUUUUCCUGACACACCUGUUUAUCCUCACCAGUAUAAUCAAGGUUGUGAUUUCAACGCAACGAUAGAAAAAGUUCCAAAUCCUCUCCCUUAUAAAGAUCUGAAUUUGGACCCAGUUCAGGAUACAUCCCACCACACGCUGCCUGAGGAGAAGGUCCCUCCUCAUCGGACCUAUGUGCGACCACAACGACGGAGACGUCAUCGCCAACCCGGUAAAGAAGUGGUCAAAACCCGAAGAGUUGCAGCAAACGCUCGGGAGCGUCGUAGGAUGCAUGGGCUCAACGAUGCAUUCGACCGCCUUCGUGAAGUUAUACCGUGCCUGGGCAGCGACAGGAAACUCUCCAAAUUUGAGACGCUUCAGAUGGCGCAAACAUACAUUGCUGCCCUACAGGAGCUACUCAAGUCAUCGGGGGCGUCAGUGUGAAGAUUGUGUUUCAAGCACAUUGGGGAUUAUUAAUACGUGUAUUAAUUUACAUUAUUACAUAGAAAAUAAGAUUUUAAUAUGAACAUUGAAGUAUAUAUAUUAUAUAUAUAUAAUAUUUCUUUAUAUCGCAAUAUAUAUUUAAACCGUGACUAGUAAAUCUGGUACAGCUGUAGGUUUAUAUUCGAUGUAGAAAUCUAAGUGGAAGAACAAAACAGACAUGUUCUGUUCUUCAAACAACAUUUUGUGUCCAGUUUCGUAGUAAUUUAUAUUUUUAUAAUUUAUUUAGCUUAUAAUUCUGCAAAUCCGAACUUUCAACAAUUAACAUUCAUAAACUAAUGCAGAACUUAAUAUAUCUAUUUAUUUAUUUGAAUUUAAUAUAAAAUAUAUGUUAACCUUAUGAAAGUCUUAGUCAUACAUUGUGAGUACGAUAUAAUUGAAUAAUGUUUAUAUGUGUAAAUAAAUACACCGGAACCUUCUCUCGACCGUAUUCUCAAAUUAUAUAAUCAUUACGCAAUUUAUUUAAACAUUACAAAUGCAGCCUUCAAAUCCAGGCUCACAUACAAUAUCUAACUUAAACAAGAAAAUUUAUGGAGACGUCAGAGAUUGUACUAAGGGACAAUGUUUUCUUUUUCAACCCAUUUUAUGCAUACCAAAUAUUUCCUCAUGUCAGAAAUGAUGUUACAGUUUUCUGAUGCACCUGAAAUAACCAUACACAUGCAUAUGCAUUAUGGAAAUUUUGUACAGUGAAGUUAUACACGACAAAAUAAGGUGCGUUUAGAAAAAAAUAAUAUCCUUUGGAACAUGAAAAUUCUGUGAUAAGUUGUUUGUUAUUUAUUGUUAUCUAUUUAUUACAUCAACUACUAAUAUUUUUUGUUAAACUGAUGGUAACGUUUUUAAGGCCUUCGAGAGCGAUUGUUUUAAAAUAUAUUAUUAUUCAUGAUAAACUGAAUGCAAAAACUUAGAUAUUUCAUUUUAACUCCCAAUUCAUAUUAUGCUUAAAAAUUUAAUAAAAAGUAAAAUAAUAGUGCUUGAAGGAAUAUUU